AUGACCGUCGAUACCAUGGACGAUACGCAUGAAUCAUCGAACUUCGAUACCAACGGUGGAGUCAAGACCAACCAGCAGGAAAUGAAGACGCAACUGGAGAACGACUGGAGUUCGCACCAAGAUCAGGGCCAUCAGCCAGCAUCACCGACGAAUAAGAAGAAGAAGAAUCGCAUCGGCUACUGGAAAGACAAAAAGGCAUCCAGGAAACAGGCACAAGCCGCCGCCGAUGGCGAUAUGAACGAUAACGGCGGCGUUUCAACGUCCGUACCAACCGAGAAGGAUGAAACCAAUGUCGACAAAGAGAACGAAAGCCCUAGAGCUGGCGAAAUUGCCGACACCACCCAACCAAACGUCGAAACCCAAGCGCCCUUCGCUACCGAACAAAAGGUCAAAUCAAAGAAUGGGAAGAAAUCCAAAGUCGCAUCUCAUCCCCCCCUAAUACAAGACCGGUGGCCAUCAUCAGCAAGUCUAGAUGAUGACUUUAUUGCUGGCGGGUGGGACGAAAGUGUGACACAGAAUAUCUGGAGGAUUGAGAAUAAUAGGAUUACUCCAGCGGAGGACACGAAAGCUAAAAAGACAAGGACAAAAAAGAAAGCUGCAAAGCCGAAAGUGACAGCUGAGCUGGAGGCGGAAUAUCUGGAAGGUGAUCCAUUGAAUUUGAAGUCUGGUAACGUCGGCACCCCCAUGGGUGCAAAUGGAGCAAAAAUAGGGGAAGAUGGAACACCAACCAAGGAAACAGUUGCCCCGCAACCAAAGGGACCGAAGAAGAAUGCAAAGAGGAAAGCCAAGGCAGACAAGCCAAAUGCUCAAGUAAACUCCGAAACUAUUAGUGCACCUAAUUUUAUGGAAGAUGAUGGAGUCACUGGCAUGGACACACAACAUAAAACAUCCACCGGCGGCAUUAAUGGGCCGUCGCUGUCCGAACCCAGCGGAACCCAUCACCAAUCUCUAAAUGACGAGACAAACGACGUUGAUAGCGAGAGGCACACUGUUAAUGCGGCCAAUAGUAAUACCGAAAUACCCAUGUCCGAAUCGUCAAACUCCAAGGAACAGAAGCCAAAACAAAUGAAAAUUCAAGUUGACCUUGAUCUUGAACUUGCGGCUGUUUUGAAGGCAAAAGUAAAGGGAGAAAUGAUGAUUACCUUUAUGUGA